AUGGGUCAGGAACAGGAUCUUGGGGAGGUCGAUAUGGAGCAGCGAAAAGAUGUGGAGCAGUUUCAGGAGGACCACCAGCAACAGCAGCAGACUGACGAAUCUCCUGCCCAGCUCAAGAACGGUACAGCGAAACUGACCGUCCAGUCGGCCGGCGAUCUGAAGCAAACCAUACUCGAUGGGCUGGACAAAAAGGGCGACCGUGGACUGUGGCUGUGGGUACUAUUCAUCCUUUGCUUAACGCCAAACAUCCUCAACGGAUUUCACGUGUCGUCCUACGUGUUUCUUGGUCAGAUGCCAAACAACUACUACUGCAUGGUUCCCGAGCUAGUGCUGGCCGGCUGGAGUCACGAAGAAAUACGCAACAUCACCUCACCAACUGGCAGCACCCGAAACGGUACCUGUACGAUCUACACCUGGAACUAUGCACAGCUCAGCGAACUGAAUUACAAUGAUGCUCUCAGCUACACCCAAUCUCACCCAAAACCGCCAGAGGUAAACUGUCUCGCCACCGCAGCUACCAACGGUUGGCACAUGUUCUACGAUCAACCGGAAGGCGUAUCGAUCGUACCGGAAUGGGAUCUUCUGUGCGAACGGACCGCACUGCGCUCCACGGUACAGGUGGCCCUGUCCAUUGGCAAGUUUGUCGGUGCAUCAAGCUUCGGUGUCAUCUCGGACAAGUACGGUCGCAAGACGAGCUUUUCAAUCGCAGCCACACUUUACAUCGUUGCCGGACUGUUGACGACCUUCUCCCCAGUCUACAUUCUAUUGCUGCUGGGUCGCAUAGGGCUCGGAGCUUCCGCAUCCGGCGUUUUCUAUCCGGCAUUUGCACUGCUAACGGAAAACAUUGGAAAACGACAUCGAUCGUGGAUGAGCAUUGCGUUCAACUUUUCCUACCCGCUAGGUAUGCUCUGUCUUGCGCUGGCCGCUUACCUUAUCGAUCCGUGGCGAGAUCUUUCGCUUGCCCUGACAGUACCAUCCUUCCUGCUCGUGAUACACCUUUACUUCCUCGUGGAGUCUCCACGCUGGUUACUGAGCAAAGGUCGCGAACGGAAGGCAUACCGGAUGGUGUUUGGCCACAGUGCUCCACAGGAGUUGGUUGAUAGUGCGACGGUGGCGGAAAAAAAUCAAGGUGCUGAUGCAGAAGCUGACCCAGCACCCGUUCCGUUCGGUACGAAGUUAAAGCAAUCCUUCAGUGAAUUUACCAAGCUUUACGGUACGCCAGUGCUUUGCCGGCGAGCUCUAAUCUGUCACUUUACUUGGUGCAUCACGUCGCUGUGCUACUACGUUACCGCUCUAAAUGCGGACAACUUUGCGGCCAAUCGUAACGUGUACGUUGCCACCACCGGUUCAGUAGACAUUGUGGCAUACAUCCUAUCGAUGAUCGUACUGGCGUACUUUGGCCGUCGUAGUUCAUCGUUCUGCUUCUUCCUGUAUGCUGGCAUCUGUCUUCUGGUGGUGCUAGCCAUUCCCCAGGACAAUACAACCCUGCUGGUAACACUUGCUAUGCUUGGCCGUGUUGGUAUCACAGCCGUAUACGCCAUCGUUACCCUACACACAGCCGAACUCUUCCCAACCGAAAUUCGCAAUACGGCCCUCGGCAUAUGCUCAACCAUGGCACACGUGGGAUCGAUCGCUGCUCCAUACAUUACCGAUCUGCUCGGUCGCCUUGCCUGGUGGAUACCGACCACAAUUUGCGGCUGUUCCGUACUACUGGCCGGUGCACUCACCUUACUACAUCCGGAAACACGUGAUGCCGCGCUCAAGGAUCACGCACAGCAGGAACAGCAACGACACGCACCGACCGACGAAGAGAUGGUGGACGAGAAGGAUGAAAAAGCAAUCGCGAGCAAAUAA